AUGUUAUUCGAACCACUCGAUUUCGAACCCAUUAAAGACGAUGAACGGAGUGUCUUGAAUAGUGAUGCUCAACUGGAUAUUCUCGGUUUGUUUGAGACAGCUAUAAGCUCUUCACCAUCUCCUAAUAUUGAUGAAAAAGCGAAGCGCUUUGUCUCAGAUCUGGUUGCAUUCGCCCCGAAGGAAAAGUCUGGACUAGAUGCAGAUAUUAUUGCUUCUAUUACCUGGAAAGUCCUGAUAAACACCGCAAGUUGCAUUCAUUGCCGACACUAUGGACAAGAUGUUCUCGUCAAAAUUGUUAGCUUAUUAGGUACCGCCGGCGAUACGUGGAAAGAUCACCCCGGGUUUGGAAUUGUCAUGAGGGAAAAUUGGAACCGCAAUCCCGUAUUCCAGCUUGAUGAUGAUGAUGAUGAUGAUGGCCGAGAAUUCACAUUGGAUGAAUGGCUCAACCUCAAUUCUUUCGUCGCCAGACUAGGCAAGGAAUUUAUUAGCUUCGGUCUCUGGGAGUUGCGAGAUGGACUAGAAGGACCCCAAGCAGAGGAAACGGAAACAUCUGCCCCUGUAGCUGUGAUCAACACUCGUGUUCUUGUUGCGACGGAAUGGAUUAUACGAGGUGGGCGGGGACUCUUGCGAGAGUCGUUACUCAAUUCCUUGUCACAUGAGCCGAGGAGUGGGAAGUCAUGGAAUGGCGGUCCUUUGUUUCCUGGUGCUAGGGGCUUCAAUCUUGAGCGGUGGGGCUUUUGGAAGCGCCGGUUGGGAGAGUUACGGAAAGAUGCUGUUGAAUCUAGUCAGAAUGCGAUUGAUGAAGCGGUGGAGCUAAUGACGGCGUUAGAAGCUGAAGCUGCGAACGCUUGGGGUGUAAAUUAG